AUGAGAAUAGAGAAAGCACGAACGAUCGCUCUCCUCGAAGCUAAAGGUGUGGAGAAAUACGAAAUCGUGCUGCUGGCUUUGCAUCCUGAGCGCUGGGAAGAAAUGGCAUCAGUGAGUCGAAGUAAGCGUCUCCCCCUUGUGCACGUGGCCAACCUUUUCUUUGGUUUGGACUUCCCUAUUAUUAUGGAAGCGUUUGGAAAUGCUACCACGUCGAUGAGCCUUAAUUCGUCAAGGUUUGGAAAAGUGACAACUCUGCAAGUUGCCUUUGGGUUUCAUCCUUUGGAGUUUCAGAUUUGUGGCUGUCACGUAUCGUCAUUUUUACUUGAAAAAUCCCGCGUCACAAGUGAAAGAGGUCGUGAAGCUGGAGACCAGAAUGAAUUGAACUUUCGCGUACUGUACGCGAUGGAGUUGCAUUUCGAUGGUGUAAAGUGCUUCGCGUUUACUUAUCUCGGUCGCAGCGACCACAAGCUGGCAGAGCAAAUGAGCAAAGAGGAAACGUGGAAAAAGGAUACGAGCAGAAAGGCAAUUUUUAACGUGCUAAGUGCUGUUCUGUGGCUCGGAAAUAUUGAGCUUGACUAUCCUGAGACAUCGGGGAAGCUUUUGAUUUGGGAUCAGUGGAGAAAUUGA